AUGCAUCAGCUACAUAUUAUUUGUGAAAUACCUUCUUCGUUCUAUUUCAACAUCAUAUUCAUUAAUAGUAUUAAAUUUGAUUUUGAUUUUGUUGUUGAAGUAACUGCUACAAUUGUUGAUUAUUCAUUUGAUAGUGUUAAAGUUUGUUUACAAACACAAACACUUAAUUAUCGUUUAUAUUCUGAUUCAUUAGAUUAUUUUAUUAAAAUUACAAGACAAGAAUCAAUUUUAGAAUUUUAUAAAGAUAUGUCAUCAUCAAUGUUUGCUGUUGCAAUUAUAAAUUGA